AUGGCAGACGAAAACACCCUCCCACCCACAAGCCCACUUGUGCUAACAUUUGGCUUCGAGCUUGAAUUCGCUGUGAAAUCGUUGCCCGAUCAAUUCCUUGAUCUAGAACCCAAUGAUCCUCGUCGCGUAUACGGCAUCACAAGGCCAGAGAACUAUCCCAAAGAUCAGUUUCUUCCUUACCUGGGAUCCCCCGAUGUAAUUGAAGAGAACGAGGUACUGCAUGAAGAAACACUUAAAAACUUUAAUGCACAGUUGGAUGCUUUGCAAAUAGACAUAGCAAAACUUCUUACUGAAAAUGGACUUCCAGCCGUGGCUCAACUUGACGAACAAGAACCUGAAAACCCUAGCAUUGAAGAUUUAAAGUACUGGGUAAUCUCUAAUGAUGCCACUAUCAAUCAUGGUCUAAGUCAUAAUCCUAAUGAACCCACAUGUUUCUGGUGGCCAAUCGAGAUCCAAAGCCCAGCAUACAUCUACAACGAAGACAAUAAGCAAAAGGUAAGAAGUGUACUUCGAUGUAUCGACUCAGUUUAUAGGACUAAUUGUGAUUUGAGCGCAGACAUUCAUGUUCAUAUUGGUAACGAGCAGAAAGGAUUAGAUGCUCGCACAGUUAGAAACUUUAUGGCUUUCGUUUACACUUUUGAAAAUCAAAUCGCAACCAUUCAUCCUCCUCAUUACAUGACACAGAGGGCGUUUUCCAAGCCGGUGAGAACACAUAGCCUUCUUGCGCAAGUAGCGCGAGAUUAUCGAGCUAAGAUAGAGCAAUUGGGGGCAGAAGAAAGUUUGCGGGAAUUCGACGAAGAUUUCAUCAUAGACAAUAUUCUGGAAAGAGAUACAGUUGACGAUCUUGUGAAAUUGUUAUCAAGUCCAGAACUAGAGGAAGAUCGUCUAUACAACAGACUCACAUAUUCCAUCUGUAACCUCCAAACGGACGCAGAAAAGGUAAAGAAGACAAUCGAAUUCAGACAGCAUAAGUCAACUUUCGACGACGAAGAAGUUUAUCACUGGAUAACUGUUUGCGCAUCCUUAGUCCAUUUUGCAAGUACCGUAGAUGAAGAAGUGUUGAGGAAAUUCUGCAAAGAACAUUUCUACAAGACAGUCGACGAAUUUUCAAUAGUCGAAGUCCUCAUGGCUCUCGGGCGCCCAGCACAAGCUUAUUACUACGGUAUAAGGCUCUUUGCUAGGAAAGACGAACGGGCUGAAGAAGAACGUAAGCUACGUAAGGAAAUAGAGGACGAGAACCGCAAGAAAGAACAAGAGAGAGAGCACAGGAGAAAUCUUGAGGAGCGACGCAGGCAAGAGGAGGAAGACCUCCAGAAAGAGGGAAAAAGACUCGAGCAAGAAGAGAAGAAACGUCAGCAAGAAGAAGAAGAGGAGAAGAGGUUGGAAGAGCUGUUGAAGAGAAUCGGAAAGGGAGACCUUUAG